AUGAGUAAGAGCCACAUUCUGAAGCACCCGGGAAGAGUCGCCGUCGACACUGGCGUGAUAAAGACGUUCUGGGAGAGGAAAAUCCAGAUGCACACAGAACAGCUGCAGAGUGAGGCCAUGAGGACACGCAGGAGCGCCCUGGACAGGCUCCGCGGCGAGUGGGCUCGGAUGCUGGAGGUGAGGACCAAGGCUCUGCAGGGCCCCCCAGAGGUGGCCACCCAGCCUUCCCUGCUGGGCACCGAGCCCUUCCACACGCAGGACACCACCGCCGCCUGAGGCCUGCAGAUUCGUCCUGCCCCGGGACCCGAAACCCCCCAGGCGAGUGCCGGUGCUCCAGGACCACCACUGCCAGGAGCCAGAGCCGCGGAUAAGCUCACGGGCUCUCCUGGCAGCAGGUUCCA